AUGAAUCCCAAGAUAGAAACUUUUAACUUCUAUUAUCAGACUUAUUUCAAAGAUAUAAGUAAAAUCGAAUUCAUCGAGCAUGUUCCUGAUGAAAUCCUAAUUGAUUCAAACGAUAAAGAUAAUAACAAUAAAUUAAUAAAGAUUGAAUAAUCGACUUUGGGAAUAUCAGUCUCUGCAAUUGCUCUAUUAUAUCCAAUAUGUCUUGAAUUAGUCAAAAAUGAGCAUUAUGAAGAUUAAGCUUCUUGGAUGAUUUUAUUUUUGAAUGGUGAAAAUUACACUGCAUGGGGUAUAAGACAAAGAUUAAAAAAAGAGGAAGAUCUCAAAUUAACUGAAUUAAUUUGCAUUAGAUUUCCAGGAUCAUCAUGUUCAUUCAAUUAUCGUUAGCAAUUCGAAUCAACUUAUGAAAAUGAAACCAGGUUCUUUUUAAAAGCAUUUUAAAAGAAAAAUAGAAGUUAUCAUCUAUGGACUUACAGAAUGAAGUAUAUUAAAAAGAUUUCGUAAGAAGAUCAUACCAUCUAUGAAAAGGAAUGCGAUUUAAUGAAGAACUUGGCAGAAAAAGAUGUUCAUAAUUUUAGUAUUUUUCAUCAUUUGAUGAUAUGCUCAAAGUAAUGCGGGAUGGAGUUGAUGAAAUGGGCUUUGGAAUUAAGGGAUUCUUUCUCUUUGAUGUAUUAAGGAUAAGUAAAGGAUUGCGAAAUCGAUUUUAAGGCUCUUCAAAGUUUGAAUUAGUUUAUUAAACAUUUAUAAUGA